AUAAAUGAUUAGCACUCCUUCCCCUUCUCUUACAUAUAACCACACACCCACCGCCAGCCAACACCACAUAUCCAUGGCUCUCUCCCGGUCCAUCACAACCUCCUGAACCUACCACCAUCCCCAUUUUUGUGAACUGUUAAAACUGUGUUCCCGAGUUAACUUAAAGAGAGAAAAGAAAAGAUUCUCUCAUUUUCUUUUCUUUUCUUUGAGUUUCUUUCCAAAUUGGAAAUAUUAAUUUUAGACAAAAAAUCUCUCAUUUUCUCUUCUUUUCUCCCGUUUAAUGAAACUCUGGAACACGACUAAAAAUUAUUUUCUUCCAAAUCUUUUCUUUUCUCUCAUUUAAUGAAACUCAGGAACAUAGCGUUAAUUCUUUUCAAACGAAGAAACAACAUUCACCAUGGAAAGAGGAGGCGAUUUGGAGUUUGGAGAAGUAGAAUUGAUUCAAGACACCAUCCAAGGUCUUUCUAGUUUUGUAGAAAAUGAAGACAACCAUACGAACCGGUUUUCCUCAUCAAUUCACAGGAAACCUGGAUUUAAACCCACACCAUUGUUUGUAGAUGGCAAGUCCCAUACAACUAAAGCACUAGAAGAAACAACAUUCACCACGGAAAGAGGAGGCGAUUUGGAGUUUGGAGAAGUAGACUCGAUUCAAAAUGGUGUAGAAAAUGAAGAAAACCAUACGAACCGCUUUUCACCAUCAAUUCACAGGAGGAAACCUGAAGAAACAACAUUCACUAUGGAAAGAGGCGAUUUGGAGUUUGGAGAAGUAGAAUUGAUUCAAGGUUUACUAAUCCGUUGGUGGAUGUGCAUUGCUCGCUUUGUCACUUAUUUAGAGAUCAUGUCAAGCACUAUGGUGGGAGACACAAACAUGAUUCAAGACAGUGUCGUUCAACGUCUUCUUUGUCAUGUCAAAAAAGAAAAAGAAGAGAGCCAUAUAAACCAAUUUUCACCAUCAAAUUACAUGGCACCUCGUACACUACGUGAUAUGAGCCCAAGUUCUUUCAACCCUCAGGUGGUCUCUAUUGGACCUUUGCACAAAGAAGAUGAGAAAGUGCAAGCAUUUGAAGUGCGGAAAACAAGUUAUCUAAUUGACCUAAUGCGACGUGCCAAAUCCCCACCAGAGGAAAUAUUGAAAUUAUGUGUAGAGAAGGUGUACACUUCACUGGAAAAAAUCAAGGCCUGUUAUCUUUGGACGAAGGCCUGUGGUGAUACUGAAAUUGCCUACAUGAUGAUUAUGGAUGCUUGUUUCAUACUUGAAUUCUUGUUCAGGUAUUGGAUUUACGAUGCAAAAGUAUAUGAAGAAGGAGUAUUGCAACACAGUGUCAUAUUUUAUGAUUUGGUAUUGCUAGAAAAUCAGAUCCCUUUCUUUAUUCUUGAUGAAAUAUUUCAGUGCACGGUAUUGAAAUUCAGACCUAAUGCCUCCCUUCUUGAACUUAUCUAUCCAGUUCUAGAUUUUGCCAACAUCUUUAAAGAACGUAUAAAUAUCAAUGCUAUAUCAGUUAAUAAUACUCAUCAUAUUCUUAGCCUUCUACAUCAAUGCUACAAGCCUCCGGAUAACAUUAAAAAAGGUUCUCUCAAGUCAACUAUCCCUUCGGUUAUGAAUUUAGACAGGGCUGGGGUGAACUUCAAACCUAAUAAUGAUCCAACAUGGCUUAUGGGGAUGAAAGUGGAAUUAUAUAUGUUCCCAUGUUUUUUUGGGUCUUUGAGUAAGCCUACUCUUAGAAUCCCAGUAUUAGAGAUUUAUGAUUCCACUGAGAUCGUUUUAAGAAAUCUCAUUGCCUACGAGCAGUCAGGUCAAACUCAUACUUAUGUUACGUCAUAUGCUUAUGCCAUGGAUACACUAGUGGAUACUCAAGAAGAUGUUGUAAAGCUGGUAGACUCAGGAGUCCUUGUCAACGCUUUGGGUUCUAAUGCUGAAGCUGCUAAUAUGAUCAACGGCAUAUGCAAAGGACCUAUAUUGCCGGAUUUCUUUUACGAAGAACAAUGGGUAAAACUGAAUAAGUACUGUGAUGCUUACUGGCCAAAAAAUAUAGCAAACAUGAAGAGGACUUACUUUAGCAGUCCAUGGAAUAUGAUUGCUCUAGUUGCUGGAAUCAUUCUAUUUGCUGUAACGGUAGUUCAGACCAUCUUUACGAUUAAGUCUACUUAAAGAAACAAGUAGAAGUACAUUGUCAUGCGUGGACUGCCAGUUUUCAUCUCUAUUUGCAUAUUUGGAUUGGUGCUUAACUACAACGUAUCAUGUAUUUGUGUAUGUUAUACUUGAAUUAUAACUACAACGUAUCAUGUAUUUGUGUAAUGUUAUACUUGAAUUAUAACUACAACGUAUCAUGUAUUUGUGUAAUGUCAUACUUGAAUUAUAUUUUGAUGUCCGUCUUUUACACC